AUGUCGGCGCCCAAGCAGUGGCGGAUGUCCGACGGCGGCGUCGCGCAGGUGCACACGCCGUUCACCGCGCGGGCAAAAGAGCUGGCGGACCUGUAUAGCGGGCUGAUGCUGCAAGGCUUGGGCGUGGACGAGCGCUUGGACGUGCUCCUGCACAUCAAGUGGGCGGUCACGGAGUUCAAAUGUGGCCUCACGCGCGAGAUGGUGGAGUUGAUCGAUCGCGAGGCAACCCUGGCGGACUUGCUCAACCGCGGCCGGACAGAGGCCAGCCUCUCUGGCCUUCGGAAGCGGCUGGGGAACCUCUUCCUCACCUUCCUCGAAACGCCCGAGUACAAUCCAGAGGCGGCGCGUUUCAAGCGCGGGCCACCGAAGGUUUGCCAUGUCGCGCGGCGCUGA